AUUUCCUCCGCCGUGCCUUCGCCCCCUUCUAAAAAUCUCUCCACUUCUCGCCUCUCCGUUUCCGCCAUGGCUUCUCUCAAAACCCCAACUCUCAAAAGCCCUCCCCUUUCCCUUUCCUCCGAAUCCCGCCUCCCUUCCGCAUUUUCCGCCACCUUCCCUAACAACAUCCGCUUUGCACGCUCCCUCCCGCAACGCCGUUUCUUAAUCAUAACCGCUUCUGCCGCCUCUUUCUCCAACAAACCCACCGUGCUCGUCGCCGAAAAACUCGGCGAAGCUGGUUUAACGCUUCUCAAGCAGUUCACCAACGUGGACUGUUCUUACAACCUCUCUCCCGAAGAGCUUUGCACCAAGAUCUCGCUUUGUGACGCCUUGAUUGUGCGCAGCGGAACCAAAGUCAACCGCGAGGUCUUUGAAUCCUCCGGCGGGAGAUUGAAAGUUGUUGGGAGAGCUGGUGUUGGGAUCGAUAAUGUGGAUCUGGCCGCUGCUACCGAGCAUGGAUGUUUGGUCGUCAAUGCGCCUACCGCUAAUACCGUCGCCGCGGCUGAGCACGGGAUCGCGCUCUUGGCUGCCAUGGCUAGGAACGUGGCUCAGGCUGACGCUUCAGUUAAGGCUGGGAAGUGGCAGCGGAACAAAUAUGUGGGUGUAUCACUUGUUGGGAAAACACUUGCUGUAUUGGGUUUUGGAAAGGUUGGAUCAGAAGUAGCUCGGAGAGCUAAGGGACUUGGCAUGCAUGUUAUUUCACAUGAUCCUUAUGCCCCAGCUGAUCGUGCACGUGCGAUAGGUGUAGAGCUAGUGAGCUUUGAGGUAGCCAUAGCGACUGCAGAUUUUAUUUCUUUGCACAUGCCUCUCACUGCUGCUACUUCUAAGAUGCUCAAUGAUGAGACUUUUGCUAAGAUGAAGAAAGGUGUUCGAAUUGUCAAUGUUGCUCGUGGGGGAGUGAUUGAUGAAGAGGCUCUUGUUAGGGCAUUGGAUGCUGGGAUUGUAGCUCAGGCUGCUCUUGAUGUUUUCACUGAGGAGCCGCCAAAACAGGACAGCAAGUUGGUGCAGCAUGAGAGGGUUACUGUGACUCCACAUCUUGGUGCUAGUACAAUGGAGGCUCAGGAAGGAGUGGCUAUUGAAAUAGCUGAAGCUGUUGUUGGAGCCUUGAAAGGGGAACUUGCUGCAACUGCAGUCAAUGCACCAAUGGUUCCUGCUGAGGUUCUAACGGAGUUGAAACCAUAUGUUGAACUUGCUGAGAAACUUGGGAGGCUGGCUGUCCAAUUGGUAGCAGGUGGAAGUGGUGUUAAAACUGUGAAAGUAUCAUACGCUUCCUCUAGAGCCCCUGAUGAUCUUGACACAAGGUUGCUCCGGGCGAUGAUCACCAAGGGUAUAAUCGAGCCUAUUUCCAGCGUUUUUGUGAACCUGGUUAAUGCUGAUUAUACAGCAAAACAGAGAGGAUUGCGGAUUACAGAGGAACGCAUCAUUUUGGAUGGUUCACCUGAGAGCCCACUGGAGUCCAUCCAAGUUCAGAUUGCCAAUGUGGAAUCAAAAUUUGCCAGCGCCAUAUCAGAGUCUGGUGAGAUUAAGGUUGAAGGACGGGUGAAGGAUGGAAUUCCUCAUUUGACAAAGGUAGGGUCAUUUGAAGUGGAUGUGAGCUUGGAGGGCAGUAUCAUACUUUGCAGACAGGUUGAUCAGCCUGGUAUGAUUGGUAGGGUAGGAAGUAUUUUGGGUGAGGAGAAUGUGAAUGUGAGCUUCAUGAGUGUUGGGAGGAUUGCUCCAAGGAAGCAAGCAGUGAUGGCCAUAGGAGUGGACGAGCAGCCUAGCAAAGAAUCUUUAAAGAAGAUUGGUGAAGUCCCUGCAAUUGAAGAGUUUGUUUUCCUCAAGUUGUAGGGUGGCUGUAUCAUUACCAUUUAUUUUUGUUCAUUGGGUUUUGUGUGGGUAAUUUUACUACAUCGUAGUGUUCAAUUUUGAAAAUUUUAAUGUGGUAGCGUUAGGGUGAGGGGAAGGAAUAAUUGAGCUUUGCAACAACGAGUUUGUUUAUUGUUGAGUUAUUUUUGUCUGAUCCAGAUUUGCUUCUGAUUUCACGGA